AUGGCGUUGCAGAAAAAACUGAGGGCUAUUUUGACCGAUGAAGGUGUGCUGAUCAAAUCGCAAUCGCACCAUAUGUUCAAUAAGCAUGGUCAACUCAGAAGCGGAGAUUCUCUAUCCUUGCUGAGUUGCUUGUCCUGUUUGGAUGAUGGAACCUUGAGCUCUGAUGGGGGUUCCUUUGAUGAGGAUGAUUCCCUAGAACUGUUGCCUCUUAAUACCACCAUUCCGUUCAACAGAAUUUUGAACGCAAAAUAUGUAAAUGCCGGUCAAAAAGGUCCUAGUAAUGGCAAAAUGUUUUCGGAUCCUUUUCAAACAGAGAAUCUGAGCUCUUCGUCCGAGAAUGACGAGAUCGAGAAUCAUAGUUUAAGCAAUGACAAGGCUCCUGUAAACGAACCGCACUUAUCCUCGAGUAAAAACAGAUGGGAUACGAAAACGAGCAACCUGAAAGCAACCCCUGAUAGUUCACCUGACGCUCCACCAUCGCUAGGGAUAAAAGAUAAUCAACAAUUGAUCGAGUUAACUUUUGCUGUACCCAAGGGCCAUGAUGUUAUACCACAAAAACUAACUUUGUUAAUAGAUCACGUUUCUAGGAAACCGAGAAUAAAUGCUAGCGGGGAACGCAUUCCUUCCGGUACGGUGGAAGAAAUUUUGGAGAAGAGCUACGAAAAUUCUAGGAGAAACAGAUCUAUAUUGGUCAUCAUAAACCCCCACGGUGGUAAAGGUACUGCUAAGACUUUAUUCUUGACAAAAGCAAGGCCGAUAUUAAUAGAAAGUGGCUGCAAAAUAGAAAUUGCGUAUACGAAAUAUGCUCGUCACGCCAUCGAUAUUGCUAAAGAUUUGGACAUCAGCAAAUAUGAUACUAUUGCAUGUGCAUCGGGUGAUGGUAUUCCAUACGAAGUAAUUAAUGGGCUUUAUAGAAGACCUGAUAGGGUAGAAGCGUUCAAUAAACUGGCUGUAACUCAGCUGCCUUGCGGUUCAGGAAACGCUAUGAGUAUUUCUUGUCAUUGGACAAACAACCCAUCGUACGCCGCUCUAUGUCUUGUCAAAUCUAUUGAAACAAGAAUAGACUUAAUGUGUUGUUCUCAACCUUCUUAUAUGAAUGAGUGGCCAAGAUUAUCCUUUUUAAGUCAGACGUACGGCGUUAUCGCAGAAUCCGAUAUUAACACUGAAUUCAUCAGGUGGAUGGGACCUAUUAGGUUCAAUUUGGGUGUAGCAUUCAAUAUUAUCCAAGGUAAGAAAUAUCCCUGCGAAGUUUUUGUCAAGUAUGCUGCCAAAUCCAAAAAGGAAUUAAAAGUUCAUUUCUUAGAAAAUAAGGACAGAAAUAAAGGAUGUUUGACCUUCGAACCCAACUCUGAUCCGAACUCUUCGCUGGAUUUACCAUCUAAAAGCAAUAAAAACAAUAAUACAAAGAAUGAACUUUCACCGAAUUUUCUCAACGAAGACAAUUUUAAAUUGAAGUAUCCGAUGACGGAACCAGUACCUAGCGAUUGGGAGAAAAUGGAUCCGGAGCUAACUGAUAAUUUGACAAUUUUUUACACAGGGAAAAUGCCAUAUAUUGCCAAAGACACCAAAUUUUUUCCCGCAGCAUUACCAGCGGAUGGUACCAUCGAUUUAGUCAUAACGGAUGCAAGAAUCCCAGUGACAAAGAUGACACCAAUUUUAUUAUCCCUGGAUAAAGGUUCCCAUGUAUUAGAGCCAGAAGUUAUUCACUCGAAAAUAUUGGCCUAUAAAAUUAUACCAAAGGUGGAGUCGGGUUUGUUUUCAGUUGAUGGUGAAAAAUUUCCCUUAGAACCUUUACAAGUAGAAAUCAUGCCAAUGUUAUGCAAGACAUUGCUAAGAAACGGCAGAUAUAUUGAUACAGAGUUUGAGUCCAUGUAG